AUGACGACGCAGAUGCAGACACCUUCCUUUGCGGAGAAGCUACGCGAGGCGGUCAAGCGAGAGCCGGCCCCUACAAGCGACACGGAGCUUAUGAACCUUUUUGAGGGUUUGCAAGAGGAAUUCCUCGCAAGCUAUGCGGUCACACGAAAGUGUGGGGCCCACGAGAAACAAGAAAAGGACGCUAGUGCGACAGCGCCGGAUGGGGCAGCUAUCCUGCAACAACUGAAGGAUGCCGUGCUACAUUUUCCAGACAAGGAGACGGAGAGAGUCAUUAGGCAGAUGUGCUUGUUGCAGGAGUCGCAGAUGAUGUCAAUAUGCUCCUCCACGCCCUCACUUGCGUCGCUGUUACACCACGGGCACGAUCACAGUCACGGCCAUGAUCACAGUCACGGCCAUGAUCACAGUCACGGUCACGAUCACAGUCACUGUCACGGGGUCCCCAAUCAGCAGGAGAUGAUGAUGAUGCAAAUGGCGUUUCAGUCCCUCUCCCCACAGCUACGGCAGGAUAUGAUGCGCAUUCAGCAACUCAUGCAGAGCGGCCAGCCGCCCACUGCAGAAGACGCAGUGAAGAUGCGGGAUAUAAAUGCCCACUUAAAGGCGUUCAUCACCACAUUUCGGGAAUUUAGUGGUGCCAACGAGGCUACAAAAAAGUGA